UUUGAAAUUUUAAUGUCCAUUUUAAGUAAACUUUCUGAUGCUAUUUUGAUUAGGAUUAGAAUCUUCAGAAUCAUCAACAUUAGUAACUCUUCCUUCUGAUUCAUCUUCAUAUCUUUUGAUUGAUAAAAUUUAAGAAUUUCCCUGUCUUUCUAAAACUUUCUUGGAUUUUCUUAUUCUAUCUGGGAUAUCAUCUAAAUCAUGGUCCAUCUCAAUUUCAAUUACCCUAUCAUGAGUCUGAUUAAGUAACUUCUCUUUGGAUUUUUCUAAAGCAUUGAUCUAGCUCAUCAAGUAGCUCUCUUUCAGCUUUCUUGUCUUCUUUGAAAUGCCUCCUCGGCUUCUUCUUUAUACCUCCACAUCUCACUAAGUAUUCUUUCUCAAGUUUCAUGAAGGGAGUCUCAAUUGAGUAACAACCAGGCUCACAGCAAAUGAAGAUAUCAUCCAUCACAAAAAUCUGAUGAUUCCAAAAUUUAUUGUGAUGUACUCUCCUCUCACUAUAUUUAAAGCACUAAAGAGCAUGAUAGUAGGAUGAGCCAUGUAAGCUCCGAAGGUAAGUCUUGCUAAAGGAGUGAAAAUGUCAAAAGUUAAGAUUCCUGUCUGAAGAGAAAAGUGUAUUAUGAGGACAGGAAGUAGAACAAGGUUCAUUCAUAUAAUAAAGAGACCCUUGAAAAUGUGAGGAAUGUGAUGUUGAACCCCUUGCUGAAGCUUUCGGGAUAAUUGCUGAUCCAAUAGAAGAUGAAGAUCAUAUUUCAGAAUAACAAACUUCCAAAAAUAUACAUUAUGAAUCGAGGUAUUCUACUCUGGUCUGCUUUAUCCAUAACUCUCUUUCAUAAAUUGUUUUUAGGGUGGUCAUUCUUGAAGAAGUACAAAAGCACUGCAGCCAUAACUUUAAUGAAGAAGGGAGAGAUUCUUGACCAAGGUAUUUUGUAUUAAGAUCUAUUGUAGUCAGCUGUGGCUUUAAAAUAGCUUAGCCCCAUAUCUCCUUUCCAUACAAUUUUAAGAGUAGCAACAAAUGACUCUGUCUGAAGUAAAGAGAUAAUCACAAAUCCAAUCAUUCUGCUUUUGUAGAGGAUCCAAAAGAGAGAAGGAAUGAGGAGAAAGAACUGCUUAUCAUUAGGUAACACCGCUACCAACCCAUGCAGCAAUUUGAAUAAUACUUAAAAAAAUUAUUGAAGAAUAACAGAUAAAUCCACCAAGCCCUUCUUCAGUGUACUGCUCCUGUAUUAUAAUAUUGAAAAAUAUAGGACCUGAUCCGACAGUAUUCGUGGCAAAUCAGGAAAAUAGAAGAGUUAUCACAUAAACAGGGACUAAUCUCAGAAUCUAUUGAGAUAUAUCAUCGGCCAAUUUUAUAUCCUUUCAUUACUUUUAUGAGUUGAGCCAAGAAGAAUUUUAGCACCCAAAAAUCUGGAUAACCAAAAGAAAAUAUCAGCUAAAUAUGACCAGGAAGAAAUUUGAUUAAAUGUAAAGCUUUUCAUAAACUGGAUAGGAGGCAUAGGGUUGUGAAGAGCAGUCUGCAUUGCAUAAUAGUAAGUAUGCCCAAGUUUUACCCAUGUCAUACUAAGUACUCUUAUCCCAUUUUCAAUUUCAAAGUUCUUGUCUCCGCCUUUACUUCUUUAAAAAAUUGCUUGCAUUCUCUAAUAAAUAGAAUGAACAAAAGCAUUUUUGAAGGCAAUUUUUGGCUGUACUUCUGGCUCAGAGACUUCUGUUUUCUUUCUAGCUUCCUUUUUGGACCUUCCGAUUAUUUUAUUGACCGUUGAAACUGCAACACUUAGAACCAAAAGAUAAUGAUGAAAAUUGUGAUACAAUGUCCAGCUCUAAGAGUCUGAACUUUUGCAUUUCUCUUUGCUGAGUAAAGAAGUCUAAUCUAUUAUCAGUUAAUUCCUUUU